AUAGAUAAUCCAUUAGUGAUUAUUUUUCAUAUACUGAUGCACUGAGUGUAUGGCACUUUUUGGAAAGGUACUAGUCACUUGUAACUUCUCCCACAUCUUUAAUAAUGCUGUCCUAACUGUUCAUUAGGUUUUGCUAAAGGGAGUCUCACCAUAAGGUGUUACUAAAAAAAACUGUCAUGAUGCAUGACUUCAUUGAACAGCCUACUUUUAUUGGAUGGAGCAGAAGUUUAAUAAUUUCAGUUUUAGUUACUUUUACUUUAUUUUUCACCAGUUGUGCUUCAGAAGACCUUUUUACUGCACUCACAAUAUCCAUUUUUAAACUCACAUCAUUUUCUGGGUUAUAAGCCCUGCUCUGGCACUAUUCCCAAAACGCUGUUGUCUUACAGUUUGACAGCCCUUAUUGUAAAAAGUAACACUGUGCUGUGAUGUUAAAUCAGUUUCAGAUACUGCGUUCUGUCUCAAAAUGUAACACACUGUGGUCCCUGUUAUGGCUUUCAGGGCCUGAAAUAUAUUUUAAAGUUUAAAAGUGCAGCUGUUUGUUUCCAGUCUUUGGUUAAAACAGUUUUCUGUAUAAUUUCUAAGAGAUUCUGAGUAACGACAGGAGAUCUCAGUAACUAUAAUGCAAUUUUCCACCUCCCUCGUUGUCUUGGCAGUGAUAAAACAUUUCUGUGAAUUGAGGCUGUCCAGGUAAAAAAUGAAUGUGAAAGCACAGAGCAAAUGCUUUUAUGUCAUUUCACAUUGGCAUCAAAGGUCACUCUAAACCACAUCUGACUUACUUUGUCUAAUUAAUCCAUCAGAGAGACUUCCUUCUGAGCCAAUUGGCCCUCUCAGCUGUCAGCUGAACACUGAACUGGACGUUGAUAAGCCGUGCUGUUCGGCGACGCAACAUUUCAACUUUGUCCCUUUAAACACACUUCAGCAGUUCUCCUACACACUGUAUCCACAGAGGAGUGAAUUGAUCUGAUUGUCUGUUGUGCUUUCUCUACUGCUGGAUAGUUUCAUUGAAAUUUCAUCAGCUGCCUUGAUGUCAGGAUAAUGACACUGACAACAGAAAUGGAGCAUGGAGGAAUGUGCAGCUUUAACUUUCUCAGGAGCACAGAGGAAUCAGCUGGCUGCUACAGUGACCAUCCGUGGACACCUAAUGAUACUCCAAGCCCUCAGAGUAGUGGUGCUGAUGACUUCCUAGAUGCUCUGCUGCAUGACUCCUCUUCUGCGCCAGCUUCUCCCCUGUGGUCACCCUUCAUCACUGACAAUGGUGUUAAUGAGGACCCCCUGGCAGAGCUAACAGAAAGCCCCCAUCCAAUCUCCAGCACAGCGUUCCCUACCUUUGACAUACUGGUUUUUCCUCACCCUCCUGAUCUGGAGAACCUGCCCUCGGCAAAAGAAAAGCUGCCCGAUGCAUCCAUUGAUUUAGGCUGGGAGUCUGAGGGCUACCACAACGAGUUUGGCAUUACAUACUACCUUUCCAACAACCAAACCCCGUUGCUGCAAUCAGGCUGUGCACUCACAGUAAAGGACUUGCUUUUAUCCAAUCUGGGACAGAACUUUGAGGAGAGGAUUUUGAAGAAGAUCCGGCGGAAAAUCCGAAACAAGCACUCGGCUCAAGCAAGUCGGAAGAAGAAGAGGGAACAUGUUGACAGCCUGGAAGGGAGGAUAGCUGCGUGUAGUGCCCAAAACCUUGAGCUUCAGAGGAAGAUCCAGAAGUUAGAAGAUACUAACAAUGCUCUGCUGGAGCAGCUAAGCCAGCUACAGGCUCUCUUGCCUAAUAGCUCCUGCAAAACAACAAACAGAGGAACCUGCAUCCUGGUUUUGCUCUUCUCCUUCUCUAUGCUCAUUUCCUCAAACAUUCAGCCAGACUCUUAUAGCCAACGCAGCCAUGCAGAAUACACAGAGACAACAGUGUUGUCGGGCUCCCUGCAGUUGACGGAUGAAGCUGGAGAUGUCCGGCCUCAACCUCUUCCACUUCCCUCCAUCUCCUGGGGCUUUGGGGACCUGCGAAGCCUGAAGGAAAAGCUUUGGACCAGGACGGACCUCCCUACGGUGCACCUCCAGUCUCCUCACCAACAGGAACACAAGAAAGGAGAUGAUUGCGGAUCUCGUUGGAGCAGAAACAUGUAGCAACAGGAGAGUCGCCUUGCUUGCAAGUGCAUCACUAGAGCAAGAACUUUAAUCGCUUUUUUCAGCAUCUGUAUUUGACUGUUAUGAUUGGGUGGUGCUUCAGUGGACAAACAAGAUGCUUCUAACCAGGACUCACUCGUUCAGUUAUGGUCAGUGAGGAGCUCAGCCAUGCCGAUGUAAUAAAACAAGAAAACUCCUCAAGUUCCUUGGUCUUGUUCAUGAUAUGGGCAGGAGAUUUGCAUAAUAUGUAGAUUCACUCCUUUAUUUUAUUAUGCACUUUAAAUACAUAUUGUUAAAUAUGUCAGGAAUCACUUUAACUUCCCCUGUAAUAUUUCAGUGAAAUGAUGAUAGAGCUCAGGAAAUAGAGAGAUUUCCAAAAUAAACAUUUGCUAACAUA